UCAUGGGAAGAAGCAGAGAACAUCGUCCAUGACAAGUUCAGUUCAUAACUUCGUCUUGGAUUGGCCAACAAGGUUGCAGAUUGCCAUUGGAGCUGCAAAAGGCCUAUGCCACAUGCAUGAAAACUGCUCUGCCCCGAUCAUACACCGAGAUGUGAAGUCCAGCAACAUCUUGCUAGAUGCCGAGUUCAACGCGAAAAUUGCGGAUUUUGGAUUGGCCAAGAUGUUGGUCAAGCAAGGAGAGCCCGACACCAUGUCAGGAAUUGCAGGCUCUUACGGAUAUAUUGCCCCUGAGUAUGCUUAUACAACAAAGGUGAACAAGAAGAUUGAUGUAUAUAGCUUUGGAGUAGUCUUGCUUGAGCUUGUGACAGGUAGAGAACCCAACAAUGGGGACUAG